ACCCCACAUUUCCGCAGUGAAGCGACAUGCAGGAAGAUGGGAAUGUCAAUCCGGCCCUGCUUAUCGCAGUGAGACACACAGUGCCAACGCCCUCCACGUUUUUCGUCAAAUGCAAAAGCAAUGAAAAUGCCUGUGACAGCUCGGCUGUCGCCCCUGCAGGAGGUGGUGGCUGGUCGAGCAAAAAUGGCGGCGAGGAAGUAUUACACCCAAGAAGAAUGCAUCCGCAAGAUUGCGUUUGAACUCGGAGGCUGAGACUGAUCGCUCUCCAUCCAAUGUUGAAAAGGAUGACGGAUCAAAGAUGGCUGGUAGUGGGUCGCGAGAGCAGUCUCUCCAUCCUUGCGAGUCUAACAAACGCGGCAGAGCUGCAGGCAUCAGGUGCCCUUGUGAAUGCGGUAACUUCGACGACUCAUUAUGAUGUAUAGCCGUCAGACUUCCGUCAACACCCGGCAUACAGAAUAGCUGAGCUGAGCUGCAUGUCGAUAUUUGGCAUGUCCAUCCGCAUGUUCGCAGCCACAAGGAGUGGUUUUCGCCUUUGUGACA